AUGGUAAAUGAAAAGGAAUUUUGGAAAAAAAUUUGUGAAAAUAUACCACGAUAUAAAAAAAGAAAAUUUAGAGUGGUUCCUGCCUUUACCAUACAAGCAAUGCAGGAUAACACAGUAGUUGCUGAUCCACCACGAGUUGAAAUAUAUAAAUGGUGUCGUCCAAAACCAUCUCAAUUUCGAAAAUAUUAUGAACGUGGUGUAUUUCCUAUUUCAAUAGAAAACGAUGCUUCUGGAUUAAAAGUUAAUUGGAAAGAAGAUAUAUCAAGUUUAGAUUUUCAUUAUUAUUUACCUCUGUUCUUUGAUGGUUUGGUAGAAGAAGAGCAACCUUAUAAACAUAUAGUAGAACAAUGUAUCUCCGAUUUGUUAGAUCAUGGAGGAUCAAAAAUAUUACCUGUUGUUCCAAAAUUGAUUAUUCCUAUCAAAAAUGCUUUAAAUACAAAAAUACCAAAAAUAAUGUGCUCUACAAUGAGAGUACUUCAGCAUUUAGUACGUUCUGCUGAUGAUAUUGGCGAAGCAUUAGUCCCAUAUUUUAGACAAAUUCUUCCAAUUUUAAACUUACUUAAAAAUAGAAAUGUCAACCUUGGUGAAGGAAUUGAUUAUUCUCAACAAAAGGGUGAAAAUACAGCAGAUAUAAUACAAGAAACACUUGAAGUUUUAGAAAUGUAUGGUGGAGAAGAUGCAUUUAUAAACAUUAAAUACAUGGUUCCAACUUAUGAGUCAUGUGUUAUGAACUAAUAUAUCAAAUAAUUGUA